AUGUAUUGGCUCCCAGCAGUCUCCACCAGCUGUGGACACUGGUUCUGCAGACGGUGCAUCACCUCAGACUGGGACCAGUCUGAUCCAUCAGGAGAUCCUGCCUGUCCCCAAUGUGGAAAAAGAUCCAGAAUAAGACCUGGACUGCAGACACCCAGUCAAACCAGCACAGUGGACGGCGGUCUGCAGGUUUUAGACAAGCAUAAGAUCAGUCUGAGGAGGAGAUGUGAAUUUGUGACAGAAGGAACUGCUGCAGCAGGAAGUGGAACCCCCCUCAACAGGAUCUACACUGAGCUCUACAUCACACAGGGACGGAGGGAAGAGGUUAAUACCCAACAUGAGGUGUGGCAGCUGGAGACAACAUCCAAGAUGGAGACCCUCAGUGACACUCCAAUCAGGUGCCAGGACAUCUUUAAACCCUUACCUGGCCAAGACACACACAUCAGAGUAGUUGUGACGCAGGGCGUUGCUGGCAUUGGAAAAACCUUCUCAGUGCAGAAGUUCACUCUGGACUGGGCAGAGGGCUCGGAAAACCAACAUGUCAGUCUUGUGGUUCUGCUUUCGUUCCGGGAGCUGAACUUGAUCAAAGAUGAGCGCUACAGUCUUCUCCAGCUGCUCCGUGUUUUCCAUCCAACAUUACAGACGGUCACAGCAGAGAAGCUUGCCGUCUGUCAAGUCGUGUUCAUCUUUGACGGCCUGGAUGAAAGCAGGUUUUUAUUGGAUUUCCAGAACAAUGAGGUCGUGUCUGAUGUCACUCAGGCAUCAUCAGUAGACGUGCUGUUGACAAACCUCAUCAAGGGCAAUCUGCUUCCCUCGGGUCUCCUCUGGAUAACUUCCAGACCUGCGGCGGCCAAUCAGAUCCCUCCUACAUGUGUCGACAGGGUAACAGAAGUCCGAGGGUUCACUGACCCCCAGAAGGAGGAGUACUUCCGGAGGAGGUCCAGUGAUGAGGAGCUGUGCAGCAGAAUCAUCUCACACAUCAAAGCGUCCAGGAGCCUCCACAUCAUGUGCCACAUCCCAGUCUUCUGCUGGAUCACUGCUACAGUUCUUGAGCACAUGUUGACUACAGACCAGAGAGGAGAGCUGCCCAAGAGCCUGACUGAGAUGUACUCACACUUCCUGCUGGUUCAGACACAGAGGAAGAAGCACAAGUACGAUGAGAGACAUGACAGGAGUCAGCUGGAGCUGAUGGAGACUGACAGGGAAGUUCUUCUGAAGCUGGGCAGGCUGGCGUUUGAACAUCUGGAGAAAGGCAACCUGAUGUUCUACCAAGAAGACCUGGAGGAGUGUGGUCUUGAUGUCAGAGAGGCCUCGGUGUACUCAGGAGUGUGCACAGAGAUCUUCAAAACCGAGUGUGUGCUCUUCCAGAGAAAAGUCUACUGCUUUGUUCAUCUGAGCAUUCAGGAGUUUCUUGCUGCAGUCUACAUCUUCCACUGCUUCACCAACAGGAACACAGAGGUACUGGGCAGAGUCAUGAGAACACACAAGAAUAAAGGUGAUGACAAUGAGCCAUCGUUGGAUAUCUUCCUGAAGACCGUCAUGUCUGAAGCCCUGCAGAGCAAAAAUGGUCACCUGGACCUCUUUGUCCGUUUCCUUCAUGGCCUCUCACUGGAGUCCAGCCAGAGGCUCUUAGGAGGCCUGCUGGGUCGGACAGAGAGCAGAGCAGAAGAGAUCAAAGCAGCCAUCAAAAAUCUGAAAAUGAGACGAACAGCAGAUAUCUCUCCUGACAGAAGCAUCAACAUCUUCCACUGUUUGAUGGAGAUGAACGACCUCUCAGUACAUCAGGAUAUCCAAAAGUUCCUCAAGUCAGAGAAGAGAUCAAAGAAGAAACUCUCUGCGAUCCAGUGCUCAGCUCUGGCCUACAUGCUGCAGAUGUCAGAGGAGGUUCUGGAUGAGUUGGACCUGAAGGCGUACAACACAACAGAUGAUGGACGACGGAGACUGAUCCCAGCUAUGAGGAACUGCAGGAAGGCUCGAUUGGGGAGCUGUAGGUUGACAGGGAGCAGCUGUGCUUCUCUGGCCUCGGCUCUGAAGUCCAACCCCCAUCUGACAGAGCUGGACCUGAGUGGGAACUGGCUGCAGGAUUCAGGAGUGGAGCUGCUGUCUGCUGGACUGGAGAGUCCAAACUGCAGACUGGAGACUCUCAGAUUGAGGAGCUGCAGGUUGUCAGAGAGCAGCUGGGCUUCUCUGGCCUCGGCUCUGAAGUCCAACCCCCAUCUGACAGAGCUGGACCUGAGUGAGAACGAGCUGCAGGAUUCAGGAGUGAAGCUGCUGUCUGCUGGACUGGAGAGUCCAAACUGCAGACUGAAGACUCUCAGAUUGAGUGACUGCAGCUUGUCAGAGAGCAGCUGGGCUUCUCUGGCCUCGGCUCUGAAGUCCAGCCCCCAUCUGACAGAGCUGGACCUGAGUGAGAACCGGCUGCAGGAUUCAGGAGUGGAGCUGCUGUCUGCUGGACUGGAGAGUCCAAACUGCAGACUGGAGACUCUCAGAUUGAGUGGCUGCAGCUUGUCAGAGAGCAGCUGUGCUUCUCUGGCCUCGGCUCUGAAGUCCAGCCCCCAUCUGACAGAGCUGGACCUGAGUGAGAACCGGCUGCAGGAUUCAGGAGUGGAGCUGCUGUCUGCUGGACUGGAGAGUCCAAACUGCAGACUGGAGUCCAACCCCCAUCUGACAGAGCUGGACCUGAGUGAGAACCAGCUGCAGGAUUCAGGAGUGGAGCUGCUGUCUGCUGGACUGGAGAGUCCAAACUGCAGACUGAAGACUCUCAGACUGAGUGGCUGCAGCUUGUCAGGGAGCAGCUGUGCUUCUCUGGCCUCGGCUCUGAAGUCCAACCCCCAUCUGACAGAGCUGGACCUGAGUGAGAACGAGCUGCAGGAUUCAGGAGUGAAGCUGCUGUCUGCUGGACUGGAGAGUCCAAACUGCAGAGAACAUGUAGAAGACUGGAUUCCAGCUGGCAGCCUGAGAGAAUAUGCCUGUGAUCUCACACUGGAUCCAAACACAGCGUACAGAUACCUCCGUCUGUCUGAGGACAACAGGAAGGUGAAGAGGGUGAGCGAGGAGCAGCCGUAUCCUGAUCAUCCAGACAGAUUUGACUGGGAGCCUCAGGUUCUGUGUAGAGAAGGUCUGACUGGGCGAUGUUACUGGGAGGUCCAGUGGAGAGGAGGGGUUUAUAUAGCAGUGACUUACAGAGGAAUCACAAGAAGUGGUGAUGACUCUGAGCUUGGAAACAAUGAACAGUCCUGGAGUCUGGAGUGCUCUGAUCACAGCUACUCUGCCAAACACAACAGGAAGUCCACUGACAUCUCUGUCCGUCCCCGUGGAUCUCACAGAGUAGCAGUGUAUCUGGACUGCUCUGCUGGGACUCUGUCCUUCUACAGAGUCUCUUCUGACGGACUGAGACUCCUGCACACCUUCAGCUCCACCUUCACUGAGCCACUCCACCCUGGGUUUCAUUUGUGGUAUUCUGGUUCUAUUGAGGUGGAGCUGCCAGUUUCUCAGAAACAAACUCUGACCUGAAAGUGUUGAGAACAUGUUUGUCUGAUUUGUGGUUUAUAGUUGAUUAUUAUUAUUAUUAUUAUUAUUAUUAUUAUUUUAAUUUUAUUGUAUCAGGCAUCUUGUUGGAUAAUUGUUAAUUGAUUGAUUGGACAGGCGCGUAAAUAUAAUACGUCAUUAUAACGUUUGUAUAUUCAAAUCUUAAUGUUGUGCAAAAGUGUCAUUUAAACCUCCUCCUCCACUGAUUGAUUUUUUUUUUUUUUUGUAUUUCUAGUCAAUAAACACAGACGUUUAAUUGCUUGAUUGAGAUCUUUAUUUCCUACAUCAACAGCAGUCAAUCAAACAAAUACAAAAUAAUAAUAAUCAAUACUACAUAAAGUUAAAUAAGAAAACAAAGGUCCAAAAUUAAAGUAAAAUGAAGAAAAAUGAAAUAAUAUAAGAUGCAUCUAUCAUCACUGACAUGCUCGAAAAGGAGUAGGAAGAAGUAAAAACUUAUUGAAUCCUACCCACUAAUCUCUAUUUCAUUAUAAUGUCUAUUUCAUUCUCAUCAGUCAGAAAAUAAUUUGUUCAUCUGUAAUUUCUGUGACUUGAGCCCCUCUCCUCUUGUGCCCCUCCCUUCACCUGUUGAUCUCCAAGUCACAUUAAGAUGUUUAACGGUCUAUACCUGAUGUUUUACUUUCAACAGAUUUGUAUUUCAUUUUGGACAGUGCACAUUAAUAAACACAUGACU